CAAUAGCAGUAGUGAUCAAAGUAUUAAAGUUGAAAAUAAGAAAAGUUUAAAUAUUACCAAUAAAUCAGAUGAUAAAAACAUUAUAAAUUCCAUAUUACCAACACUAUUAGCUGGUGAUAAUGGAUUUAUAUUACUUCUUUAA